AUGCGCAAUGAAAUAAACGGAAUAGAAGUUCAAAAAUUAAAAACACCUGGAGUUGCAUCUUGCUUGAAAGCAUAUUGUUCGUAUACUCCAAACGAUUUGAAUACGUUAGAGAACGCUGCUUGGGACUCGGCGAUGGAUGAUGAAGAUAAUAAAAACUUUAUGAGCAACAAUACUAUAAAAAAAUAUUACUUAAUUGUAAACAACAGCGCAUCUACCGACCUGGAUGCGAUACACGUUGUUGGCGCGGGCGCAACUGAAGCAGUUUCAAAAAAUAGAAAAAUUACAAUUGAACUUACUAGGGUAGUGUGGAAGAUGCCUAUUAUCAGAGUUAGUGAUAAAGAAAAAUUAAGGUUGAUAAAAGUGGUAGAUUCAUGUAAAACACUAUCAUGUGCGUUCAGAACCUGGGAUCUCUGCGAAUAUCCUAUUCUUCCUAGAAAUACCUUACAUUCGUGGACGGUAAAGUCCAGCAACUUAUUAGAAAAACCGAGGUUUGUGUUAUUCGGAUUACAAACAGAUCGAAAAAAAAAUAUUGAAAUAGACGCUGGACGCUUUGAUCACUGUCAACUAAAAAAUCUUAAGGUUCACUUAAAUUCUGAAGUGUAUCCAUAUGAAGACUUUCAUGCUCAUUUUAAAAAUAAUAUAACUAGUAUACUGUAUAAGGCCUAUGCAGACUUUCAAAAAUCAUAUUAUGAGAAAGAGUAUAGUGAACCUUAA